AUGGUAACAGUGCGAUCACAAGAGUGCCACCACAAGUUUUUAGAGAAUCGAGCGCAACCACAUACUUCAUUUCAAAUAAUGUUUUCUGGAUUUGGAUCGGGAUUUUUCGGCGGAAAUUUCGCUCCUAUAAGCAACAAGUUUGAAGACUACUUUCGAUGUUAUCCUGUUGCCAUGAUGCCUGAUAAUGUCAGGAAAGACGACGCUAACUAUGGAGGCAAGAUAUUUCUUCCACCUUCUGCUUUGAAUAGACUUACCAUGUUGCACAUCAGAUACCCAAUGCUUUUCGAGUUGACAAAUGAGGCUUUGAAUGUGAGGACUCAUAGUGGUGUUUUGGAGUUUGUGGCGGAAGAAGGCAGAGUAUACAUACCUCAAUGGAUGAUGGAAACUUUGAAGUUGCAACCAGGGUCUUUGGUGAAAAUUGCAAACUGCGAUUUACCUAAUGGAAGGUUUGUUAAGAUUGAGCCCCAGUCAGUGGACUUUCUAGAUAUAUCGGACCCCAAGGCUGUGUUGGAAAACACAUUGCGGAAGUUUUCUACGUUGACAGUCGAUGAUGUGAUUGAAAAUGAUUAUAACGACACCAAAUACGGUAUCAGGGUUUUGGAAGUGAAACCUGAGAACCCGAACAGAAGUAUUUGUGUGGUCGAAACAGAUCUUGAGACAGAUUUUGCGCCACCAGUUGGAUAUGUGGAACCGGAAUACACCCCCAAAUCUGUAAAACCAUCCACCACACCCAUAGAUCCAUCAAAGGUCAACCGCAGUGCUGGUGCUGCCACAAUGGCAAAAUCCAUUAAGUAUGCGGAUAUUGUUGCCAAAGGCAAUAAGACUCAGGUUUACCAAGGCAGUGGGCAAAAACUUUCAGGAAAGGGACCAGCCAAAGAAGAAGAAAAUACAAUCAGCAUUGAUGACUUGGAUGCAAAUGCAGAGCCAGUACCUUUGCGCUUACCAGAAAACCAAAUAUUCUUGGGCUGGCCCGUGAUACUUCCAACGAAAGAGGAGACAGAAUCAAAACAAGAGAAGACGAAGGAGUUCACAGGAGAAGGCAAGUCUUUGCGUCAGAGUAGGAAAAGGGGUAACAAAGGGGCCGAACACCAUUCGUUGAAGAAUCACUCUCGCAGUCCCGACUACAUUGAAAUCGACGAUUAA